UGGAGCUACUGAACAGAGAGGGGGCUGUGUGUGUGUGUGUGUGUGUGUGUGUGAGUGUGUGGACAUGUCUGUGUGACUGUGUGUUAAAGAGGCUUGGCUGGACUUAGUGUAACCAGAUCUUCUGUCUGAUCUGCAAAACAGAGGAGAGAGAGAGAGAGCUGGGGAGAGGGAGAGAGGCAGAGGCAGCAGCAUUACUCCCACUCUGCAGGAGCAGACACACUGGCUUCCUCUCAUCCAGCAGCAGCAGCAGCAGCUAGCAUCUAGCUUCAUCAUGAAGAAGAAUGUCUCUGCAAAGAGGGGCCCUUUGGAUGGGAACCAGGCCCCCAGCCAGCCGGAAAAAGUGGGCUGGAUUCGGAAAUUCUGCGGGAAGGGUAUCUUCAGGGAGAUCUGGAAGAACAGAUAUGUGGCCAUAAGGGGUGACCAGCUCUACAUGUCCGAAAAAGAGGUAAAAGAUGAAAAGAACGGACAAGACGUUUUUGAUUUGAGUGACUACGAGAAGUGUGAGGAGCUUCGGAAAUCGAGAAGCAGGUCCAAGAAGAACCAUAGCCGGUUUUCACUUGUACGGUCAAAGCAACCGGGGAACACGGCACCGAACCUGAUCUUCCUCGCAGUCAGCCCUGAGGAGAAGGAAUCUUGGAUCAAUGCCUUGAACUCUGCAAUCACUCGAGCAAAGAACCGCAUCUUAGAUGAGGUCACGGUGGAAGAAGAUAGCUAUCUGGCCCAUCCCACCCGGGAUAGAGCAAAAAUACAACACUCUAGACGUCCCCCAACAAGAGGUCACCUCAUGGCAGUGGCAUCUACCUCAACGUCCGAUGGAAUGCUGACUUUAGACCUCAUCCAGGAAGAAGACGCCUCUCCAGAAGAGAAAAGCUGUGACCAGAGCUUCAGGGUGAACCUGGAUAAAUCAGUGGCCCAGCUGGCUUCUAGCCGCCGCAGAUCAGACUCUGAGAACUUUAAGUGCCCCGAAAAGGGGAGGUCAGAUACCCAUCACGGUCGGGAGCAAGUACCCUGGGACAAAUGGGCUUUGCAUCGUGAUUCGUUUGGAAAGGGAACAACCUACACACCUCAGGUCCCCAAAAAGUUGUCCUAUUCUGAGAAGAACAAGUGUGCCUCCAUGGAGGAGAUCUUGUCCCGUUCAGACUCUUCUGGUCACCGACCACUACCAAAAAAGGUCUCGGAGUCGGAGAGGAUGAUGCAAAUACAGGAACUGAUUGCGCAAAAGAUUGAUAAAACUCAGGAACUUCUCACCGACGUGAAAGAAUGUGGGGAAGGGUCAAAAAAGGGAAAGGAAGCCUCUGGUAAGGUGGACUUGGAGAACUCCCUGCAAGAGGCUGAGAGGCUUUUAGCAGAAGCCUCUUCCAACUGGAGGCAGGCCAGGAAGGUUCUGCAGGAAAUUAGGGAUCUGAGAGACCUAUACAAACAAGCGGACAUGCAAUCCCCAGACUCUAAACAGAAACUGAGCAGUCACUACAGGAAAAGCCUAAUGUGAUGGGCACACGCGUUUUACAAUGUUCUCAUUUCCAAAAGGAAUAUUUCCUGCUUUUGGCUUCACACUGCAGAGCCAAGGACCCAAGGCGAGCCAAGGAGCCCAGAGGAGAGAAGAUGGGCUGCCUCUGGAAGGGUCCCUUGGCUUUGCACUUUUCUUUACCCCCCACUCGGGACAGCUGUACAUGCUGUGGGACGCAGCAGGCUGUUGCUAUAUAUGCAGGGAGAAACCCCCCCACCCUACUGGAGGCGCUUGAGGUCUAAAAACAUUUGCUUGUAGCCUGCGCAUCCGGAACCCUUAGGCUCGGCCGUGUUCACAGUGAGCGAUGUCUACGAGGGUGCAGCAGGCUGUGGGCCGCUGGCUGAGGCAUGUGUCACUGUGUAGUCUUGUAGAAUGUGCUAUCCAAUACAAAUUAAACCAUUUCAUUGUUACCCAUGUUUACAUAAGCUUAGUUCUAGUGUUUUUUUUACCUUUCUGCUUUACGCAUAACGGUCAAGGGAAUUCAGUGUCUAACCAUUUCAAACCCAAUUAGGUUGUUGCAUAAAUCAGUCUUGAGUAUAACUAUGCACUUUUUCUCUCCGGGUUCAUUCCUUAAUCCCCUUUUUUUGCUUUUGAUGAACAUGAUGGCACCAGAUGUGGUCAGCUAGCAUCAAGGGAAAUAGCUGUCAGAAGGUUAAAGUGCUAAUGUCACCUUCACAUCGUGUAGGCAGCCAUUUUGUUUGGUAAAACACAUCCAUUUUGUUUGGUAAAACACAUUCCUUUUGUUUGGUAAAACACAUCCAUUUUGUUUGGUAAAACACAUCCAUUAGUUCACUAGCAGUGACAUCGCUGAGGCAGGAAGUGCGUCAGUGAUCUCACUGGUUCCUCAUGGGUCGACAGAGGCUGCAUUUACAAGAUGGCGGUCUCCCUUGUGAGUCGGUGACAUGAGCAGGUGUCUGACUUAAUAUACUGUAUAAUACUGCUUAUUUCAGUUUUAUGUUGCCACGGUUUAUAAUGGUAGGCCUGUCUUCCGAUUUUAAUUUAUGCUGUGAAACUCCUUCAUCUCAAACAUACUUUUAAUGAAAAAUAUGGAUUUGCUUUUGCUCAGACUGAAAGUGCUAGCCAUCUUUAAUAGGGUAAAAACUUCUUAAGAUAAGAGGCAUCUGGAUAUAAUUUAGUGCCGCUCUGCUUAGAAAGGGUGCCAGUCGCACAUUUGGCAUCUUACCCAGUAACUAUCUCUUGCACAAAUAUUAUACCGUCGGAGCUUUGAGACAUCCGCUGAACGGCUGCCAUAAAUGGCCUUAAAUAAUAGGAACUCCAGAAUUGUUGACGUGUUGUAGUAUAAAUGCUCAAGGAUGUACCCACAGUCCAUGAACAAAGCCGCUUAAGAACAAUAUUAAUCAGCACCUGCAUUGCAGGAGUUUUAUCAGUAAGGAACAUUGCUAAAAAUGUUCUACCACAAGUGUCUGAUUCCUAGCCCCGCGAUAUGGCAAAGGAUUAUGGGAGACCUGAUGUGAUGACCACUAAAGAGCCCCUGAUUACAUUUAAGUUGGCUAAGAUACCCUGAGGAAAAUGUAAUGAUCAAAGAUUAUUGCUGCAAUUUUUAAAGGGGCACUUUUUUCAAAGGCAAAAGCAGAUGCUUUUUAUACGGCUCCAGUAAUCGUCAAUUUUGAUAAAUUGCGCUCAUCACGUUUGCCCCUCUCUGUGUUUUUUAGUUUCAGUUUUCAGCACACUAUUUAUCUGCAUGAGGAAAUAGGGCAUACAGGGAUUUGAGGUCCAACAACAGCUGCUGUUGCCUAAGCUUUUAUUGGAGGUGUUUGGUUCCCGUGAUGAAAGCACGUGGUCCUGUUUACUGGUGAGCGUAGAGCAUUUCCAAAGCACAUUUCCUGUAGUUUCAUUACCUGGCUCGGCUGGCUGGCUUAUUUUAUUAUGACAGUGCUAUUAUCUCAAUUGCUGUUAACAUGUAGUAAUAGUAGUAUUUGGACUUCCUAAAGCAAAAUGGAGGCAGUCUUGUAUUCCUGUUAGUAAAUUGGCUGAGAUAGUUCCUGAGGCAAAAUGGAGGCAGUCUUGUAUUCCUGUUAGUAAAUUGACUGAGAUAGUUCCUGAGGCAAAAUGGAGGCAAUCUUGUAUUCCUGUUAGUAAAUUGGCUGAGAUGGUUCCUGAGGCAAAAUGGAGGCAGUCUUGUAUUCCUGUUAGUAAACUGGCUGAGAUGGCACAUGGGCAGAGAGAACAAUGUAGUAGUACACAUAUAUUGCCUGUUGAUAGCUUAUCUUGGAGAGGAAAAAAGUGUUUCAUCAAGUGUGCAGAGACGCUGCUAAAUGUCUUUUACUUUGUGGUCUUCCAUUUAAUGUCAAGGUGACGCUGAGUACACUUGUGUUCCUGAGGUAAAGCCUACCCAUCCUUGCACAAUAUAAAGUAUUUUCCCUGUAAACCAGAAAUAAGAGCAGUUAAAGGGAAAAUAUUCUGAGCUGUUGAUUGCAUAUUAAAGGUUGUGCUGGAACACUUUCUAGUCUCACUGGAAAAAACUCACACUGUGCAUGUGGAAGAGUACCUUAAAAGUGUACCAGCUGCCUUCACCUAGAGAAGGCAGCCAUUUUGUGUGCUUCAGCAAUAUUGACAAUCUGCCACAGUGAUGUCACUAGCUCCCUAUGCAUCGAUAGGCUGCGUUCAAUUUGCUAGUGCAGCCAACACAUCGGAGCUGGGUCAUUGAUGAGGCAACCUAGGGCCCAUUGGGCACAGAGGGGCCAAGAUUAUUCAAAAACAUCUCAUAUUGGGUUUUCUUUGCAAAUGGAGGGUGGGGUCCCAAAUCAGUAUCAUUGCUAAGACCCCAACCAGGCUCUGCCACAAAUAGCGGACUCAGUAACUCGUGUACUUUAAGCUUUCCGGUGAGACGCAUAAGCGCGCCUAGUCUCACCUCUUACUCUUUAACCAAAUAGACAAGACCGUCUGUAAAAUAUAUUUCCUGUGUCAUCUGCUCAGCAGAAACUGCUACACACUGUAAUAUGCUCAUUUAUCUGUAACUUGCUGGCUUUCUAUGUAGAUCAGUCGUUAUUUUCCAGUCACCUAUCAAUGAACAGGGAAAAAAAAAUACAUGUGGUAAGGGUUUCAACAUUUACCUCACCUGUUCUUGGUAAGUCACGUACGUGACACAUUAUAUUCCAUUUCCAAACAAUUUACAGGAGCUGAAUAUAAAAUCUCAGGGUUAGCUCUGGAAAGUGGUUGAUUUGAAGACGUCUCUCUACAUUGGCUCCUGACGCUACCAGCUGCAUAACCCAUAUGCGAUUAAUGGAGGGGAAGGUGGUGUUAGCUUCCUGUGUUGGAAAACUAUGGGGUCUAUUCAUAAGGCAGUGAAAAGGGUGGAGAAGUGAGCCAGUGGGGAAGUUGCCCAUGACAACCAAUCAGCAUUGACGUAACAUUUAUAAUUUACAUACUUUACAAUUGUACGGAGCAGCUGAUUGGUUGCCAUGGGCAACUCUCACUUCUCCACUCUUUUCACUGCUUCAUGAAUAGAUGCCUGAAGUAGGAUUUGUAUCAUGUUUAAUUUUAAUUACGUGUUCUGUACUACUGAUAUUUUCUCAGCAUUUUCUCAGUAUUUUUAUUUUAUUUGAGUAGAAAAUACCACCAUAGCAGACAGCAUAACUGCUUAAGAAUAAUAUAAUAACUCUUAGGGGUACAUUUACCAAAGCUUCUAAAAAAAAUGAAAAGUAGUGAUGUUGCCCCUAGCAACCAAUCAGAUUUUGACUAUCAUUUCUCUAUUGCAUCCUAGAAAAUAACAGAUGGAAUCUGAUUAGUUGCUAUCGGCAACAUGACCACUUUUCAUCUUUAGAAGCUUUAGUAAAUUUACCUCUCAUAGAGAGAUUUAUCUUGGAGAGCGAUAAAGUGGAAACGUUGCUAGACAUGGGCAUUUUCUCCACUUUAUAUCUCUCCAAUAUUUCAUAAAUCCCCCUUAUAGUUUUACAGUCAUUGAGGUAAUUUUGUUCCCCCGUAGGUAAUGUGCUGUAUAUUGCAUUGUGUGAACAUGGCGCUGUAGGAAAAUUACAAAAAAAGGUCAUGCAUAGGACUUUUUUCUUUUUCUGGGGGGACUUUACCUCAGAAAUCUGUGGAGAUGAUCACUUUACUUUCCACAAGGAACAGUAAUGGGUAAUGCUAAUUUUCCAUGCCAUAUAAUGUUGUUUUCCAGUUAUUUUCCCUCCUUCACCGAUCAGUUACUGUAAGGGAGCUUGGUGUGACCUAUUCUGUGGGGAAACAUCCGCUGCUCUAUUAUAUAUGUGUAUUUUCUUCAAAUACUUAAAUAUCGCCCUAUAUGAAUUUCUGAGUGUAGCCCAUUAAAAAUAGCACACCCAAUUCUCCAGAACACGUGACAAUGGAUUGUCCCCUUCUUCCUGUUUGGGAGACAUUUUGUAUAUGUAAAGAGAUCUGUUCUGCUUCACCGGCCUAUUGUGUUUGAUCUUUGCACAAUUCUUUAUGCAAGUUCCUGAAGUUGGGGCCUUGUAUCUGUUGAUACAAAAACCCUUUCACUGUCCAAUUUUUUUAAAUGCGGAAUAGUUCUGCCUAUUCGAUGAGGAACUUAAGCCAAAGGAGUGUAUUUUUGUGUGAGUGAAACGUUUGUGCCGCCUCUCCGUGGCUCUUAGUACAGAUUAUUACUCACAAGAGUUUCAUGGCAUUUCCCACCCUAUUGGGGAAAUGUAUCAAACAUUGGAGAGAGAAAGAUAACUGCCGUGUAACAGGCUGUGUUUGAAAAAUGUCAGGAAUUGGCACUUUAUCUCUCUCAACCAAUCAGCUGCUCCAUACAAUUGUAUAGUGUGCAAAUUAGAAAUGUUACUUCGAUGCUGAUUGGUUGCCAUGGGCAACUUCUCCACUGGCUCACUUCUCCACACUUUUCACUGCUUCAUGAAUAGACCCCAAUGUCUUUAAUACAUCUCUCCCAGUGUGAGGCAGUAGACCGGUGAUUUUCUUUUCUUUCAUUCCGCAUUAAAAGGGAUUUCUACCUCCAGAUGACUUGUUUAUUUGAUGUGCCCUUGUGCAACUUUUACAAACUACAUUUUGCUUUAGUCUUUUCUGUAUAGAAACACAGUAAGUUACAUUAAUUCAUGCUGAAAGAGCAGUUUAUUUGUUGAUUUAAGUCGAUGACUUGAUGUGGGUUGGACUUUCACUGAGAGAUGGCAGCUUGCAAGGAGCAACGUCUGAGUAAAAAGAUCUGUUCUUACAUUUAAAUAAAGGAAAUGCAGUACAGUUCACUCUUUAAUAUGAAUAAUGUGUGCAGCGGAAAACUGCUUCAGCCCGAGGCACUGGAAAUAAUAUGUAAUUGCACAUAUAUACAGAUGUAUGUUAUGUUAGGCCUUUUUUAAGACGAGUAAUUUGUAUUUAGUUUGAAUAAAACCGCAUGUUCAAAUAUAACUUUUUUUUUCUUUUUUUUAAUGAAAUGUCAGGAAAAUUUAAUUUAACAAGAAUGUGUGAUACAUUUGUUUUCUUGAGAAUGAUGACAUGAUGUACAAAAUCCUACUGCUUUCUGCAUCUUGAGCCACCUUUGCCGCCGAUGUUUGAUGCUCUUGAAAUCUAGUCACCGACCUUUGAACCCUGGGAAGGUUUCAUGGUUCUCAAAGUGUAUCUGUUGCUUGAACACGGUGGAGCUAGCCAGUUUGGGGGCUGAACCAAUAAUCUGGCCCUAGAGGAAAGAUUGAUAACAGUGAGGCACAACAUGCCUCAUGACUCAGCGAUGUCAACAAUUCUUAGGCUGCAAUCUCAUGAACAAUGGUUCAUCCCACAAAAUGGCUGCUCUGACGGUGUGGGGGUGAUGUUUAAACCUUAAAAUGGCGUCUUAUGCUAUUGCUAAUUUGUAAUGCAACUUCAUAUUAACAUUCUAUAUCCUAUAUACGUUUGUUUUUCCUUCUCUAUAAAAGUUUGUACUAUUUGUCAAACUUUCUCUUCUUCUGCCAGGGAAGAUAUGUGCACUGAUACUUGGGCUUUCGGUCUCUCCCUGGCUAGCCGCCGAUGGCAGAAAUGUUACAGAUUAAAAGCUGUGAUUCUGAAUAAACAAUAUGGAGAUUUUUACAGAAAAAUAAAA